CUAAAACUAAAGAAAAAACAAAAGUCUGCCUUUCAGACGUUUUUUUCUCGCUUCCACUCCUGGCCUUUCGCUUUCGCCUUCACUUUUCCCACUUUAUUCUAAGCAUUCAUCCCGUCUUCACCACAUCCAAACACUUCCCAUUUUCCACUCCCUCUCUCUCUAGAUUCCCUUUCCCUUCUUCCACCGGCCCCCUCUUUUAACUCAUCGAAACAAGAAAAUGAGCAAACCGCACAGACCGCCUUCAGGCCGUACAAAUAUUGCUUCAUGCAUAGUGGCUACAAUCUUCCUAAUCUUUGUUGUCAUCAUAAUCCUCAUCGUCUUCUUCACUGUUUUCAAGCCUAAAGACCCGAAAAUAUCCGUUAACGCUGUUCAACUCCCAUCAUUUGCCGUCUCUAACAACACUGUUAACUUCACUUUCUCUCAAUAUGUCUCCGUCAAGAAUCCAAAUAGAGCUGUUUUCUCUCACUAUGACAGCACCCUUCAGCUUCUUUACUCGAGUUCUCAAGUCGGGUUCAUGUUCAUUCCCGCUGGCAAAAUUGAUGCGGGUCGGACCCAGUACAUGGCCGCUACCUAUUCUGUUGAGUCUUUCCCUUUAUCUGCUUCGCCGGAUGCAGCGGUUAAUGUGGGACCUGCGUUCCAUGACGGUGGUUUUGGCGGUGGUGGACAGCCCGGUUUUAAUAACGGCUUUCGGGUCGGACCAACCAUGGAGAUUGAGUCAAGAAUCCAUAUAGCGGGUCGGGUUCGGGUCUUGCAUUUUUUCACCCAUCAUCUGGAGACUAAAGUUAGAUGCCGAGUUACUAUUUCCGUGAGUGAUGGAUCUGUUUUAGGGUUUCAUUGCUAAUAAUAGUGACAAUCCCCCCCUUUUUUUUAGGUUUUUAAGUGUAGUUUUUAUGCAGCUUUUUUCUUUUAAUUGUUUUUAUUUUUUGGUUUUUAAAUAUGCGGCCUAGCGUGUUGAAGGAAGUGUAAAAUCUUGAUAUUUCCACUAGUGGGUUUUGUUCUCUCUUUGAUCUACA